AUGAGUAAAAAAAAAAGCAAAGUAUCAAAAGUUACGGCUCAUACUAGGGUUGAGGAAAACCCGGGUGAAUUUAGAGUUAACGAUGAAAUUUUAUUUUGUAAUUUUUGUGAUCACUCAAUAGACUGGAUACGAAAGUCGACAGUUGAUGACCAUCUUAAUA